AAAGGACAUGAUUCAUGAAGGCGUACGACCUAUUUUUAAACAAAAGUUCCUCUCGUGUAUUUAUGAUUGAAAUUGGGCCUCGAUCCAAAUAGGAUUAAAAUAAACCUGUGUACGUUAAAUCUUCUAGUAGAAUCGAGAUAAUUCUAUAUGCUUUUUAAAAGCAUUGCGGUCGCCGGAGAGCUUCAGUAAAUUUUUGAAGCCGCAAAGAAGCUUAAUAAAUCUUCACAAUGACGAAAGAAUCACUGUCACCACAAGAGUGGAAGGAAAGGGGUAAUUCAGAAUUCAACAAGGGCAAUUUGGAAGAAGCCCUCAGUUGUUAUACAAAUGCAAUCAAUUUGACAAAAGAUGAAAAUGCUGAAAAGGCCAUUUUCUUUAAAAACCGAGCAGCUGUACAUCUGAAGCAAUUGGAAUACGAUAAGGCAGUUAAAGAUUGUGACGAAGCUUUAAAAAUUUGUCCCAGUGAUCCAAAAGCCCUUUUCCGAAGAUGCCAAGCUCUUGAUGCGCUGGAGAGAUUUGAAGAGGCUUAUCGAGAUGCUCGAUAUGUAAUUAAUGCAGACCCUAACAACAAAGCUAUCAAACCCAUUAUCGCCAGACUUCAUGAAAUUGUACAAGAAAGACACAGACAAAAUUCUCGAGUCAGUGCCAAAGUGUCUCAAAUGUUUGAACUGGCCUUCGACAUGCAUACAGAUAAGGAGAAAAGGGAAACAGCCAUGAAUAAUUUGCUGGUCCUAUCUCGGGAAAAAGCUGGUGCUGAAGUAAUGUUUUCAGAACAUGUAGUCACAAAGAUAGCAAAACUCUUGAAAACUGAGAAAAACGAAGAAGUUACUCUCGCUGCGAUUCGAAUUAUAGCAGAGCUUUGCAAAGAAAAUGUUACGCGAACAGACGCGAUAAUACGUGAAGUCGGAAUACCUUGGUUCCUGGAAAUAAUCAACAGUAAAAAUGAAGAGCGCGUUAAUGCAGCUCAAUAUUGUAUGCAGACGAUACUCAACGCUUACAGUGGAUUGAAGAACAAACCGGAUUCUCAACCAGACAAAGAACUUUGUGAGAAAUACAAGAAGGAAAUCGAUACUUUGCUUUCUUGUCUAGUCUACAGUACAACCAGUCGCACAAUUUAUGGCGAAGCUAGAGAUGCGAUUAUAGAAUUGCUCAUUCGUAAUAUUCAUUACACAGCUCUGAAUUGGGCAGAGCGUUUGAUUGAGAUUCGAGGAAUUCAGAGACUCAUGGAAGUAGCUAGUGAACUUCCAGAGUACAAAUAUGAGUCUGCCAUGGAAAUUACAGAUUCUACAAGAACUGUGACGAGCGUCUGCUUUGCUAGGAUUUAUGAGAAUAUGUACUAUGAUGCGGCGAAAGAUAGAUUCACUAAUGCAAUUGAUGAUUUUAUUAAAGACAAACUUAUCACUCCAGAUCUCGAGUCGAAGGUACGAGUCGUCGUCGCUAUAACAACCCUCCUCCUUGGACCCUUAGACGUGGGUAACAGCAUCAUCGCAAAGGAAGGAGUGAUGGAGAUGAUUUUGGUGAUGGCCGGUACCGAUGACAUUCUUCAGCAAAAGGUAGCCUGCGAGUGUAUAAUCGCAGCCGCCUCAAAGAAAGACAAAGCCACUUCGAUCAUCAACCAAGGCGUGAAUAUUCUUAAAAAACUCUACCAAUCCAAGGACGACUCAAUCCGUGUUCGAGCCCUCGUAGGUCUCUGCAAAAUCGGAAGCUCUGGUGGAAACGACGCCACCUUUCGACCCUUCGCCGAUGGAGCAACAAAAAAACUCGCCGAAGCUUGCAGACGCUUCCUCAUCAACCCGAAGAAGCAAAAGGACAUGCGGAAAUGGGCCGUCGAGGGUCUUUCCUAUCUCACCUUCGACGCGGAGGUCAAAGAGAAAUUAAUUGAUGACAAGGAUGCUAUCCAAGCUAUGAUAGAACUAGCCAAAACUGGAGACAAGUCAGUCGUCUACGGAGUCGUCACAACCCUCGUCAAUCUCUGCAACGCCUAUGACAAACAAGAAAUAAUUCCCGAGAUGGUAGAACUUGCGAAAUUCGCAAAGCAACACAUUCCCGAGGAACAUGAACUCGAUGACGACGACUUUGUUAACAAAAGACUGUGCGUCUUGGGAAAAGCUGGAGUCACUAGUGCCCUGGUUGCUCUCUCAAAGACUGAUAGUCAGAAUAGCAAAGAAUUGAUAGCGAGAGUUUUCAAUGCAAUUUGUAGUCAGCAGGACGUUCGAGGAAUCGUUGUUCAACAAGGUGGAGCGAAAGUACUUCUUCCGUUGGCUCUGGAAGGAACACCUAAAGGCAAAAAGCAAGCUUCCCAGGCUUUGGCUCGGCUGGGAAUCACGAUUAAUCCCGAAGUUGCUUUUCCGGGUCAGAGAAUCUACGAAGUUAUCAGGCCUCUUAUCAAUCUUUUGGAUCCGGAAUGCUCGGCUCUCGAGAAUUUCGAGGCCUUGAUGGCACUUUGUAACGUCGCCGGGAUUAAUGAUGCUGUGAGGAAAAGGAUUUUAGACGAGGGAGGACUCCAGAAAAUUGAAAAUUACAUGUAUGAGGAACAUGAAAUGUUGAGAAGGGCUGCGACUCAGUGCAUUACUAAUUUGGUGAUGUGUGAGGAGACUAUUCAAUUCUUUGAGAAGGAAAAUGAUAGGGUGAAGUAUCUAGUGAUUCUUUGCGAGGAGGAGGAUGUAGAUACGAGCAUGGCCGCUGCUGGAGCUUUGGCGAUGGUGACUUCAUUUAGCAAGAUAGCCUGUUUAAAAAUAUUUGAUGUUAAAAGAUGGCCUGAGGUUCUUCGGUUUUUGCUCGCGAAUCCAAAUCCGGAUAUUCAACAUAGAGGAGUUGUGGUUGUGCUCAAUAUGAUGAAAAGCACGAAAGAAGUCGCUUGUAGGCUUGUGGAAACUGAUAUUAUGGAAAUUCUUAUGGCAUUGACGAAAAGCAAUACGGUGGAGAAGCAGGAGGUGAAGAAAUUGGCAUCUGAGGCUCUGGAAGCUGCGAGCAAGUGGAAAGUCAUUGAAAAGUGUGAUGAUUCCGCAAAUGCGGCCGAGUAGUUUUUAUGGGUUGAUUAUUUGGAGAAUUUCUCUGAAUGAGGUUCGUGUGAUCGAAGACCUGUGCCUUCCCAAUCAAAUAUUGAAGUAUAUUUUUGGUAGGAAAUACUGCAUUUAGAUUUAAACAUUUUUAUGUUAAUAUUUAUGACUUGGAGAUACUCUAAUGUGAGUUUUUUGUACUUAAUGUUUAUAUAAUCUGUUAGUGCAUAUACAGAGACUGUUUAGUUUUCACAUCGUUUUUCCUGUAACCAUCAUAUACUCAUGUUGUAAAUGCUCUGCGACUCAUGUUUUUCCAUAUUGGAAAUAAAAUUCUUUUUAAUUGAA